UAUUGUCACUGUCAGUCUGUCAAUGAAACGUCAAUUCGUCAGAAUUAAUUCGUCAUUCAUUUACAAAAUUCAAUCCAAAUUAGAUAAUUUAAAAUUGUAACUAGAUAAUAAAUUAUCCAAGCUGGCAUCAAGAAGGAUUCUUUUCGUGGGCAUCCACAGCUUUUCUCCGACCUUGUCGUAUCGCGCUCCAUUUAAUAGGUUAGGAUUUAUGUUUCAAGUUUGAAAAAGUAUAACUUUUUAAAUCUUUUGUGUGCUUUUAGUACUUUAGUGCGUUCUGUGCUCGUAGACUAUUUACCCUAGUGUUUAAAAUUUGAGUCUCAACCGUCGCUGGCACUCCAACAUGACGUCACCGCAAUGCUCGCCGCGGCACCCGCCGGGGCGGAGCGAACCUCGCCCCCCGCCCGCCGCGCCCGCGGUCCUGAAGAGAUACGACGACAUCGUCAAGUCGCAGGAGGAUAAGCGGGAAUACAGAGGCCUGGUGCUGUCAAACCACCUCAAAGUCCUGCUGGUCAGCGACCCGACCACAGACAAGUCGGCUGCGGCGCUGGACGUCAACGUUGGCUAUUUGAGCGACCCCGCCGAGCUACCAGGGCUGGCGCAUUUCUGCGAGCACAUGCUCUUUUUGGGCACUGAGAAGUAUCCAGAGGAAAACGAGUACAACAAGUUCCUAUCAGAACACGGGGGCUCAUCCAACGCUUCUACAUCAUCCGACCACACCACCUACUACUUCGACGUACUACCAGCACAUCUGGCCGGCGCUUUGGACAUUUUCGCCCAGUUCUUUAUCGCGCCUCUUUUCACGGAGUCGGCCACCGGUCGCGAGCUGUCAGCUGUCAACUCUGAACAUGAGAAGAACACUUCUUCUGACACGUGGCGACUGGACCAGCUCAAUAAGAGUACAGCGCUGCCUACGCAUCCUUUCCACAAGUUCGGCACUGGCAACCGGGAGACCCUGGAGACCAUUCCGAAGACGAAAGGCAUCGACGUGCGAACAGAGUUGCUGAAGUUCCACGACCAGUGGUACUCCGCCAACAUCAUGACCCUCGUCGUUAUGGGGAAAGAAUCCUUAGACGACCUAGAGUCCAUGGUGGUGCCUCUCUUCUCGGCGGUCGAAAACACUUCCGUCGACGCGCCCACCUGGCCCGAGCAUCCGUUUCCGCCGGAACUGCGCCGGAAGCGCGCCUACUGCCUUCCGGUUAAGGACCUGAGGUCUUUGUCCAUUGACUUCCCGAUCCCGGAUACGAGGAAGCAUUAUAAGAGCGGGCCAGGCCACUACCUGUCUCACCUGCUGGGUCACGAGGGCCCCGGCAGUCUGCUGGCAGCGCUCAAGGCUAAAGGUUGGUGUAACAGCUUAGUAGGUGGUACGCGUAUCGGCGCGCGCGGGUUCGGUUUCUUCGGGGUGCAAGUGGACCUGACUGAAGACGGCGUGGAGCAUAUCGAUGACAUCAUCACUAUGGUAUUCCAGUACAUCUCAAUGGUGCGAGCGGCUGGCCCGCAGCGCUGGGUGUGGGAGGAGCAACGUGACCUGAUGGCCAUGGAGUUCCGGUUUAAAGACGCGCUGGAACCCAGAAGCUUGGUGACGGGACACGUGCAUUUAUUGCAGGAGUUCCCAAUGGAAGACGUACUAAGCGCGUACUACUUGAUGACGGAAUGGCGUCCGGAACUGAUUGAAGAAUUACUAGCGUUGUUAGUGCCUGAAAACGUUAGAGUGGGCGUCGUGGCCAAAUGCUUCGGCGAUAAAUGCACACAGACAGAACCGUGGUACGGGACCAAAUAUCUGCAGGAGGACAUCGAAGAAUCCAAAAUCAAUGAGUGGAAGUCCGUGAAACUGAAUCCGGACCUACGAAUGCCGCCUCCCAACGAGUUCAUACCGUCACGUCUACAGCUGGAGACCGGUGACGAUCCGACACUGGACGUCAUAGCGCCCGCCAUCAUCAAGGAUACGCCUAUGAUGAGGAUAUGGUUCAAGAGGGACAACGAAUUCCACCUGCCCAAAGCCAUCCUCACGUUCGAUCUGGUUAGCCCCCUAGCAUACGCGGAUCCUCUCAACUGCAAUCUGACAUCAGUAUGGGUGUUGCUCCUUCGGGACGCCUUGCAGCAAUUCGCAUAUGCCGCAGAGUUGGCGGGCCUUCGGUGGAGCGUGGGAAACGCCAAGUGUGGGCUCAGCGUAACCAUAGACGGCUACGACGACAAGCAGCACGUGCUUCUCGAGAAAAUAAUCGACCAGAUGGUGCACUUCAAGGCUGAUCCGCAGCGCUUCGAGAUCAUGAAGGAGAACCACGUCCGCGCCAUCAAGAACUUCGAGGCGGAACAGCCUUACCAGCACGCGGUGUACCAACAGGCUCUCUGCUUAUCAGACGUGGUAUGGACCCGCUGUCAACUCAUGGAAGCAGCUGAGCGCAUGACUCCAGAAAUGCUAGAUGACUUCGCGGCACGUAUGAUGAAGAAAGUCCACAUCGAGGGUAUGAUGUAUGGAAACAUCAACCGCGAGAGGGCGCUGAAGGUAGCUGACAUGUUGGAGGGCAAGUUACCGAAGGAUGCUACACCCUUGCUAGCACAACAACUGUUGCUGCAUAGAGAAAUUGAACUAGAAAAAGGUGUAUGGUACAUGCGCGAGACUUCGAACAGCGUGCACAAGUCGUCGUGCGCGUCGCUGUACUACUCGUGCGGCGUGCGCGCGACGCGCCCCAACGCCGCGCUGGAGUUGCUCGCGCAGACCUUAUCCGAACCGGCCUUCAGCGUGCUCAGGACCAAGGAGCAACUCGGCUACAUCGUGUUCAGCGGCGUACGUCGCUCCAACGGCGUGCAAGGACUAAGGGUGAUCGUGCAGAGCGACCGCCACCCUGCCUUCGUGGAGGAGAGGAUCGAAGCCUUCCUGCAGGGCUCACUGGAAUACUUAGAAAAGAUGACGGAUGAGGAAUUCCUAAAGCACAGGGCCGCGCUCGCGGCGCACAAGUUAGAGAAGCCUAAGCGCAUGUCUACCCGCGCUUCGCAGCUAUGGAGCGAGAUUACGGCACAGGUGUACAACUUUGACAGGCCGCGAGUGGAAGUGGAGCAGUUGAAUACGAUCACAAAAGAAGAGCUGAUACAGUUCUAUAAGAAACACAUCAGCGAAAACUCGGCCGACCGCCAGAAGUUGUCAGUGCACGUGGUAUCAACAGCGGAAGGCGGCGCCGGCCGCGACGGAGCCAACGACAAGGAAGAGAAGAAGACUGGGAAGGAGCCGGUGAUAAUCACAGAUCUGGUGGAGUUCAAGUCCCGAAGGCCUCUCUACCCCCACCCUAUUCCCUUCACAAACCUGCCUCGUAAGGGGGCGCAUUGCAAGCUGUAGGUGCCGCUAGUGGCGAUUGUCGACCUUAUUCGUAUAGACGUAAGACGCGUUACAGUGCAAUGCGGUACUAGCACAAUUAGUGAUAGUUUAGUUUCUCGUCACUAGAUGGCGUAAUUCUAAUACGAAAUCGCGUUUACGCUAAAGCCCGAUUUAUUUAAGUCUUAGCGGAGCGGAGACGUGUUUUCUGAAUUAUACAGAAAAUAGCACAAAUAAUUUUAGCGGAAAAUGGUUUCUUUUUAAUAGCACUAAUAAUUUAAAUGGAAAAUAUGUGUUUUAAUGACUGCUUUAUAUUAUUUUGAUUUGAUAAAUACAACAUGACACAUCGUGGUUUACGCUCGCAUUCACAAACAUUACUAUGAGGUCUCACAGUGCGCGUGGACGCACAGGUUGACACGAACCAAUUACAGAGCCC